AUGGAAGACGAGCAUAUCUGUGUUGAUAAUCUUUCCGCCUACAAUCUCCGGCGGCCGGCGCCGGCGGCCGCUGCGUUUUACGGCAUUUUUGACGGUCACAGCGGCGGCGAGGCGUCGAAAUACGUGAAGGAAACAAUCCUCGAUUUAAUUCUCUAUGACCCAAAUUUCCCAAACGACGUCGAAACGGCCAUCACGAAUGCUUUUGCGGCAACGGAAAACGGGCUUCGUUCUGCCGGAAUUUUAAAAGCCGGCACAACGGCUUUGAUGGUGUUGGUGUGGGGAAGAACUCUCUUUAUUGCUAAUGCAGGUGAUUGCCGUGCGGUUUUAAGUAGGUCGGGAAAACAUAUCAAUAUGACCACAGAUCACAAGCCUACAAAUAAAGAUGAGAGAUUAAGGAUUGAGUCUCGAGGAGGGGUAAUUUCUAGUGAUGGUUAUAUAAAUGGUGUAAAUUGUCAAUUUGGUGUUUCAAGGGGUUUGGGAGAUUGGGAAUUUAAGUUGGAAAGUGUGGCUUUGAAUCUUUUGAGCCCAAUAAGUGCUGAUCCAGAGUUGAAUACUUAUGAGCUUACACAAGAAGACGAGUUUUUGAUUAUUGCAAGUGAUGGUGUAUGGGAUGUUUUGAAGAGUGAUUUUGCACAAGAAGUUGUGAGGAAACAAUUACGAUUAUGCAAUGACCCUCUCAAGUGUUCCGAAGAGCUUGUUGAAGUGGAGGAAAACUCUAUAUUUUCUACCCCUAAAAUUCUUAAGGAGGAUGAUAAUUAUAAGUCCCCCUUGUGUUCGGUUGUGGGGAAGGUUGAAGUUGAGGAAAACUAUAGAUAUCCAAACCUUGGAAAUCAAGAAAUUACCUCAAAGGAAGCAGUAGUGUCAAUAAGGGAAGAUGCACAAGGAGGUGCCUGGAUUGUUGUGCAAAGGAAAAAGAAAAAAUGUGAGGCAGUUUUCAGCAUGAAUCUUCGCUCACACACCAGGAAUGGAGAAAAUGUUUAG